UUUAAGAGAGAAGCCGAACCUCAAAAAACUUCACUAAGCUUCCAAGGAACCCAACCUCUAAGUGGUCCAAUGCGCCAACCUACCUGGGACCUCAACGUUAAUCGUAACAUUUUGAACAAUGGCCGCACAACUGCAGACAUCUACGGGGGAUUGAAUAAAGUACCUGGACAACGAGUGCAGCCGCACUUCGGCAUUCAAGCUGAGAGAAAUUUCGGCAAAAAUGGUUUCAUCAGAGGUCAGACUCAGUUUCAACAAGGCCCGCGAGGUCACGGACUCUCUCCCUCAGUUGGUAUA